AUGUUAAAUAAUUCGUUUGCGAUUCGUGGACCACGAACUAAGUUCUGCAUUUAUAUAUUGAAUCUCAUGCUCAAACGUGUUAGUUCCAGUGAUAAUAGCUUUGAUGAUGAUGAUGGUGACGAUGGAACAACUGAUAACAGCAAAGAUGAUGAAGUUGAAGAUGUUGAGAAUGAUGGUGGUGAAAAUCAACAUGUGGGGGAUCUUUAUUAUAAUCCCAAAAGUCGAAGAUGGAAACAGUCUGAUGACGACAACUGA